AUUGCAUAUAAGUCAUAUUACAUAGAUGUUUAAUGUAAUUUACCCCUUUUUUUUUUUUUUUUUUACUACUAAUAAGGGGGAAGUAAUAUUCCUUAAUACUUUAUCAUCAGUGUCAAAUUGCAAUUACUUUAUUACUAUUACAUAGAGAUUUUGAUUAGCCUAAAACCCUAAAUCUGAACUUUCUUCUUUGUGCAACUAUUUUUUUACAAUUUCAAUGUUGGGGACCUUAAACCAGUGUUGUACAGUAUCACCACCACAACAGGCCUCAUCAAACUCAAUGAAUUUUUUUACAGUGAAUAGACUAAUUUCUUACAACCCUGUUCCAAGAAUCCGUGCAUAUUGCACUGUUGUUUAUUGCUCAAAUUCAAAGCGUAAUAAUUUGUUUUCCAGGAUUAGUCCUGUUAGAAAAGCGAAUCUCAUAAUUCCAGUUCUUGAUCAAUGGGUUGAUGAGGGUAGAAAAGUCACAAGUAUUGAGCUUCAACGCAUUGUUCGUGAUCUUCGUAGCCGUAAACGGUUUUCUCAGGCCCUUCAGGUUUCGGAGUGGAUGAGUGUAAGAGGUCUCUGCCCUUUCAAGUCAGGAGACUGUGCUGUGCAUUUGGAUCUUAUUGGCAUUGUCCAUGGUUGGGAAGCGGCAGAGUGCUACUUGAAUAACCUAACAGACGAACAGAAGAACGAUAAAACAUAUGGUGCUCUCUUCAACUGUUAUAUUAGACAAGGCCAAGUUGAGAAGUCCCUAGCCCAUUUUCAGAAAAUGAAGGAACUUGGUUAUGCUUACAGCACUCUUGUCUACAACAAUCUCAUGUGCCUUUACAGAAGUACUGGCCAACUCGAGCGAGUCUCGGAUGUGCUAUCGGAGAUGAAGGAGAAUGGUGUCACCCCUAAUAACUUCAGCUAUCGGAUCUGCAUGAAUUGCCGCGGAGCAAGAGCUGACUUUAGUGGUAUGGAGAAGCUUCUUGAGGAAAUGGAAAGCCAGCCUUUCAUAUCAGUGGACUGGAUAACCUAUUCCAUGAUGGCUAAUUUUUAUAUAAAAGCUAAGUUAAAGGAGAAGGCUCUUGCUUUCUUGAAAAAGUUAGAAGAUGAGCUACAUAAAGAUGCAAUAGGUUACAAUCAUUUGAUCUCCCACUAUGGGAAUCUAGGCAAUAAGGAAGAGAUGUUGAGAUUGUGGGGUGUACAGAAGGUUGUUUGUAAAAAGCAAAUUAACAGGGACUACAUCACCAUGCUAGGUUCAUUGGUGAAGCUUGGUGAUCUAGAUACAGCUGAGACCGUGCUAAAGGAGUGGGAGUCUUCUUGCCACACUUACGAUUUUAGAGUGCCCAAUGUCCUUCUAAUUGGAUAUUGUCAGAACGGCUUAGUUGAUAAAGCCGAAACAAUGCUGCAAGGCAUUGUCAAGAAAGGUAAGACACCAAUCCCCAAUAGUUGGGCUAUCAUCGCUGCGGGGUAUGCAAAUGUGGAUAAGAUGGAAAAGGCUUAUGAAUGCAUGAAAGAAGCUAUGGCAGUACGAGGACAAAAUCCAGGAUGGAGACCUAAACCCCAUCUAGUGUCAAGCAUAAGUAACUGGCUCAGCGACCCAGAAGACGCUAGAGAACUGGAGGCUUUCCGAAGCUCGUUAAAGACAAUAGUUUCUGGAAAUAAAGACGUGCAUCAUGCCUCUGGAAGCACAGAUCCCAGUGGAAUAGAAGAAGAGAAUGAUAUCGAAGAAAUUCUUAGCUAUGAGCAGAGCAAGUAAACUUCUGCUCAGGCCUGAAAAAACUGGCGUCUCUCUCAUUUUCUGUAUUAUCCACCUCCAUUUGUUUGGAGAAAAGAGAGAUAAAAAAGAGGAUGCAGCGGGCUUGAAGAUUUGCGGAGAGCAGUUAAUGGUAUACGAUUGCAGCGAGCUUGCUUCUUGUGCUGUCAAAAUAGGGGGAGAGAACUGGUGGUUUUGCAGCCUAGUUCAGAUUUUUGUUCCAAAAUAGAUCAGGGUGUACUAGGUGUUUAAAGUUAUUUAUUUGUUUUUUUUUUUCUCUCUCUAAAGCUAGAGUUUGCAAGGAUAAAGGAUGUACUUCAAGUUGAUUGAUUUUUUAAUUUUGACAUCAACGGUUUAGAAUAAGCUCAUGAUUUAUUCACAAAGAGAAUUAUGGAGAAUUACUUCGAUUGA